GAGUGAGCAGACGCCCUCCUAACAGCCUUCAUACACAACUGCAUCAGGAUUUUAAACAUUUGUUCAAGAUGAGCAGAAGAGCGCCAGAGGAAACUGAGGAAAUCAGCGAAGAGACCGACUAUAUUAAUGCACCAGCGUGCAGUGUGGAUAAAGUGGCAGCACCUCCAGACCAGAGGUGUCUCUUCUUCACUCAGUCUUUUCCACCGAUAGCAGUGUGUUGGCUCAUACUGUUGGUCAUCAUGGGCCUUCGUAUCUACUUUACUGCUGUCAUUUCUGAAAACAACACACAGCUGACUGCUGAAAACCAGGAGCUGAAGACACUGAUGACACAAAACUAUACUGUCUUAGAAAACAAGAUCACAAACCUGAUGGAAGAACUCCUGAACCUGACAACACAAAACAAGGAACUGAAGUCAAUGAUGCAGUAUCUGAAUCUGUCAGCAGGCAGUUUGACUCUACUGGCUGCCAUUCACAACCUGACGAGCCUGAACAACAAACUCAGCUCAGACAAUGACGACUUGAGGAGGAACUAUAACAAUCUGACACAAGCCAUUUCUGUCUUACAAAACAACUGGAACGAGCUCAAUGUGACUCGAGCUCAGUGGAGCAUUGAUGCUUACUGCCCCAUAAGAAAUAACGAGAGACAGUGUGCAGCUUGUCCGGUUGGCUGGAUACACAGACAGCCAAGCUGCUAUGCCAUUAAUGAUCGUGAAUGGAAAACCUGGGAAGAAGCUCAAGAAAACUGCAGAGGGAAGGGUUCAGAGUUGGCUGUCGUAUAUAAUCAACAGGAGAGG